UUACUGUACGACCAGGAAAUAAACACAAACACUUCGCGGAAGAGCCGGGUCAGGUGUCUGGGCGCGAGAGUGACGUCUACCCCGCGAGCCCACAUUCUGCCGGAAGUGACCUCAGUUGCUAUCCAGGCCUCGCUCUCAGUUGGCGCCGUAAAGAAUUGGUAUACUCCAAUGAUACGCUGUGUGUUAUAGUGACAGUACGGCUCAAGUUCAGAACCCGGGGCCCCCUAAGCUGCUACUACUAACAUCCACAUGGACAUCUAUUGGGAAUAGUAACCUGUGGUGUGAGGCUGUGGGGCAUAGAAGAUGCCCAAAAAGAAGAACAAAGCAAAAAACUUAAGUCCAUUGAAAAAGUACUUCAAACAGCAAGAUGGCAAAGAAACUACACGCAAAACUGAUGCUAAUAAUGCUGCGGAGACUGAGGGCAAGAAACAGAAGGCUCCAGUGCUGAAACACAUGGGAGCUGACAUCUCUGCUAUCGUACAGGAGCCGGGUUAUGCUCUGCAUGGAGAGGAGGGAGAGGAGUCUUUCAAUCCCCCACUUCAUAGUACUGCUGUCUAUGAGGAUGAGCCCCUUUCCCCAGAGAAUGAGCCCCAGGCUCGUGAGCACGUGUCAGCAAGGCAGAGAUCUCCAAUGCCACCACCUGUGCUCCAAGAGAAAAGUAUAAGACAGAACAAAGCUGCAGUGAAAAGCCUAAGUGUGGCCACUCCUAAGCGCAGUGCACCCAUGCCUGGUGCUGUAGCAGACAAGUCACAGAGGGAGUCUGCCAAGAAGGCAAAGCCUCAUAGAAUAAACCUGAAUACUUCACGCAAAACAGACAAGGAAGAAGCCGUUCCUGUGGAGGUCUGGAAUCUAGAUUAUGACAUUAAGUCUGCCAGAGACCUGACUGAACUAGAUGUUGUACUCUUUGAGUCUAAGAAGCUAAUUGAUCUUUACAGGGAAACGGUUGACACAGGUGUCUGCACAAGAGCAGUUGAUUGCUUUUUUCACAGUUUUAAGGAACAAUUAAUUGCAUCUAUAAAAGACGGACACAAACUGCAAGAGAUGAAAAGAAAAAAUGCAAAGAUACAGUUAGAAAUUGGAAGAAAAAGGAAACGUUUGAUUGACGUGAAAGGUGAAAUCAUUGCAAAACAACCCAGGUUGAAGCAGCUAGAGAGAGAAUGCUUGCAGCAGGAGGAGAUGCAGGAUGCCAUGAAGAAUGCAAGAACUUUUCUUGACAAUCUUGGACACCUAAAGCAGGACUACAUCAAGUACAAGUCUGAAAACCCUAACACUAAGCAAACUUAUGGGGUCUCCAGUCUACCCGCACGUCUGGUACAAGCAGAAAGCGUUCUAAAAGCAGAGAGUCACUUUCAUAAUGUGAACACUCAGCUGCAGACUUUUAUUGACAGACAGAAGAAUGUUAACCAGUGAUUUCACCUAUAAACAUCAAGAUUUUUGUAGAUGGACAUGUUCUAAAUUGGAUUCCAUCAGUCUAGUGUUAGUGUCCGCUAUUAGCGAAAUCUGGGUAACUGGUUUUAGGGCCUCAUUCUCCGUUCCAUUACUAGUUGUGUUCAGAUAUACUGAUAAACUGCUCAGGAAUACCUGUUAUACAGUACAUAAAGAAUGUUGUGUUCCAAAAAUAAAUUGCCAGGUCUUCGGCUUGCAGCAAACAUCUAA